AUGUCAUUCUUGAAAAACAUACAUCACAAGGUCGAGGAGUUCAAUGACGAUGCAGGUGCUGAUAUUGGUGACUUAACAGGCAGCGCAAAUCUAUCGUUUGAUGAUAUAAAACAUAUACGAAAUGAAGGAGGAAUAUACAAUUCUAAUAGCAAUUUGGACACGGCCCCUAUCAUUCCUACUUUGGGGACUUUUGGAAGGCAGGCCCCAAUAAACCCUAAUGGCAAGCUUAACAAUGUCCAAUACAGGAAACAUAUGAAUCAACAGAAAAAGAUGGCUCUACUUAGUGGUGCAAGAGCCAAUUCAUUGGCAGCUGGAGGUAAUCCAAUGCAAGAGGGCCCUCGUGCCAAUUCCAUGGCUGCGGGGUUCAAUCCAAUGUAUGAUGGUAUGAGAACAAACUCUAUGGCUACGAGCUAUACAAUGAUGCCCGACCAGCGAUAUCAGUUUACUCAACAACAACAAAAACAACAACAACAGCAGCAGCAGCAGCAGCAAAUGGGGGCGGCUGACCCUCGUUCCAUGUCGAUGACAUCGCAAAGAGGUAAUCCUAUGAUGCCACAGCAACAAUUUGCAAUGAGGCAGCAGCAGCAAUAUCCAGUUCAGUAUCCACAACAAGUCGACCAAGGGGCUCGCUCAAUGUCAUUAAUGGGCGGCGGAAUGCCAGGUUAUGGCCAAAAUUACCCUAGAACCAAGUCAUUGGGAGGAUCGAGACCUUUAAUGGGCACACCCCAAGGAUUUCAAGGCCAGCCUCUUAGAAGUAGAAAUUUGGUUACAUCGAAUCCUCAACAGCAAAUGCCACAAACUGCCCCAUUUAGAAAUCAAAUGCUCCCACAAUCGCAAUCCCAGCUUUUUCUAGAGCAAGGCAUGAGAAGCGAUGGACAAUAUCAACCGGCUGGUAGGUAUGGUAAUUCAGAUGCAAGCAAUCAAAUGGAGCAGAACUAUGUUCCCAACGAACUGCAACCAAGGCCCUACAUUGACCAGAAUGCACGAUACAUGCCACAAGCACAACAAAGACAACAACAGAGCCAACCAUAUCUUCAACAGUCGCAGCAACAUCCUCCGACACAAAUUAACCCUACUGAUCAACAGCCCUCAAAUGGCAAUGUGCAUUACCUAAAUACCCAACAAGGGCAAGCCACGUUUAAUUCGAGUGGCCACAUCUCUACCCAACAGAACUCAUCUGAAGCACUUGGCGAGGUCCUUGAAGAAGAGGAAGACAAUCUGAAUCCUGCUGACGAGGAAGAUGUGAUAUACAAGUUCGGGGAAGAGGAGAGCAGGGGAGUCGGGUUGUCACGAAAAUCGACCUUGAAAAAGAACAAUUCCAUGAGGGUACGUAAGUUGAACCUAUUCAAUGACGGCGAGCACAACAAAGUAUACGAAGGUAAAGAACCGCAGUCAACUUCUCUGCAAGAUAAUUUGAAGCCGUUUGCAUCCAAAGAUUCAGAAGUCAGCUCUGAGACCCCUCCUGGAGAGAAGGCAUUACAUGCUGAUGUCACCACUGUAGAAAAGGAUUCGGCGUCCGGUAACAAUAGUGUUGUGCACUUGUCAGAUUCCCAUUCAACCACACUGGACUUCAGAAAACCGCUGGAUCUCAGAAAGCCGCUGGACCAUCCAUCACUUCACAGCAUUGUGGCCAAUACAGUUUUCAGCAACUUUAGGUCAGCUUCUUCAGAAAAUACACAAUCCUUUAGUCCGCAUCUAGUUCAAACAAGAACUGAAUCCCCCAGUUCGUUUUACGAGGCCAGCAAUUCACCAAAGGGCAAAAACUUUGAUAGUGAGAGUGAAUUUCAUGGAACAAAUAGACAGGAGGAUGGUGCAACUACCCCACCGACUGCUCCAACAUCCCAAGUUUCACAUUUGGUAGAUGGUCACUAUGAUGGUAAAUUUGACAAUUACUCCAACAUUACUGAACCUAUCCAGGAUGUGUCUGAAAUCGAAAACAGAAGAAGAUAUAGUCCAGUACCAGAUAAUAGAGAACAACCUCAAGGACAAAGCAAACUGAAACCAUUUGAUGAUGAUUUUGAGCAACCGUCGAUUAAUAAAUCAGGCAGCGUAUCGCUGAACUCAAUCCCUCGUACAUUUUCGUCAGCUUCACAAUCAAGCUCAUCAACCAAAAAGGAGAAAAGAUCUUCUUUUUCGGGAAAGAAUUUUUUGAAGCGAUUAUCGAGGUCAAAAAGGUCAAGCACUAUCGAACCUGACAGAGAGAUUAAGUCUCACCAGAGAACGCCAUCCUCCAACACAAUAGGCUCAUCAGUUGCUGAACGAUCGAUUUCUAGCAAGCCUUUGCCGUUUAGUAAGGAGGAGUUGCACAUCAUGAAUUGUAAUACGGAAUUGCUCAAUGAAUUAGAGUUAAUAACAAGGGAGCUAGCUUCUUCCAUUAAACGAGAGUUGGCGUUGGAAACAAGACUCAAAAACCAGACGGUUUACUCUCACUCACCUGGUGGAGAGCCAGAGAAUUUGGAAUCUGUCAUAAUAGACAAAACCCAAGUUAUCGCAGACUUGCAAGAAAAGCUAAACAAAGAAAAGAGACUCAGGUUUAUUAGCGAAGAGCAUGCAUUGCUUCAAGAACUAGGUCAAUCUCCAAGUCCGUUGAAGUUGGAAUAUGAAAAAACGGAGAUUUACAAUCAAUUGGUAUCUAAAAAUGAUCUCGUUAAUCAACUUCAGAAUAGGAUAUCUGAAUUGGAGUCACAAGGCCAAGUUGACAUCAAUGCCAUGGAUAGCAAUUUAAUUGAAAAGAUACAAAUUCUUGAAGCCGAAAAUGAGGAUUUAAUGAAUCAGAAUUAUGCCCAGAAGGAGGAAAUCAAAAUACUAGAGAGUCAACGAGAUGAAUUGAGGGAGGUUAUAGGAAAACUUACCUCUCAAAAUAACCAGGAUACAAAGCUUCUCAAUGACAAGAUCAAGGCAUUGGAACUGAAAUGUCAAAACUUGAAAGGUGUCAAUGACAGACUCACCAAUAGGGAUGCCCAACCAAGCUCGUCCAGUGGCCCAUCUUUUGGGUUCAACAGAUUUGGAUCAAGGGGGAAAUUAAAUGGUUUUACAAUUGUUUCUCCGAAUGAGAGGUUUUUGGAGGACCACUAG